GGAGGCCGCGGGCGGCAGGGGGGCGGCAGCGGCAGCGGGCGCGGCACCGAGCGGCACGGGCACGGAGCGGGCAGCAUGGCCGAGAUCGGCAUCGACCAGUCCAAGCUGCCGGGCGUCAAGGAAGUGUGUCGAGACUUUGCUGUUCUGGAAGAUCACACCUUGGCCCAUAACUUGCAGGAACAAGAGAUUGAGCAUCACUUGGCGACAAACAUCCAACGUAAUCGUCUGGUGCAGCAUGACUUGCAGGUGGCCAAGCAACUGCAAGAGGAGGAGGAUCUGAAAGCACGUGCUCAAAUCCAGAAGCGCCAAAAAGACCUAGAACGACAGGACUCUGAGAUCGCUCAGGAAAUCCAAGUGAAGCUGGUAUUUGAAGCAGAGCAGCGACGCAGGCAGGAGGAAAAAGAUGAGGACAUUGCCCGUCUCCUACAACAGAAAGAAUUGCAGGAAGAAAAAAAGCGCAAGAAGCACUACCCAGAAUCCCAGGGACACAAAGUGUAUGACGAUAGCUAUUAUUCAGAAAAUGGAGAGCACCUCCGGGGUGAUCCUGGGGAGCAGGUUUCUGAGUCUCCCAGGGCACGUGGUGAUGAUAGGCACGCGCACCGGCGGAGAGAGCGCCAAAAAACAAAAUCACCUCUGUCUGACGGCGCCUCCAAACACAGGCGUGUCCCUUCGGAGGAUCGUCACAGAUCUCCUCAACCAAGAGAGGCCACUGAUGGCCAUCGGCAGAGGCAGAAAUCAGCCAGCCAGGGUGGGUCUGGGAGACCUCCCUGCCUCGACUUGGAAAGAGAGGCUGAUUGUGGUGCCCAUAAGCAGAGCAGCAGCCGAGAGCUGCAGGAGAGGAGGGCAGCCAGCAGGGAGAAGGCUCGGAGACCUUUCAGCCUUGACCUGGAGUCAGAGCAUGGACUCGCAGACCAGGCACAAUGCAGCAGAAAGCCAACAAGGCAAGACAGAGAAAAGCGUCUUCCUCUUCUUGACGUGGAGCUGGAGGCUGAGCAGGAGACCUGGCAUCGGGGUGGCAGCCAGCUGGCGCGCCCUGAAAACCGUAAGUCCCGCCUUUGGGGCCGCUCUUCGCACAGGACGGAGCAUGACGGGAAGCUCCGUGACUCCGAAUUCCAAGAAGAUCAUAGGAGGGGUGAGGAGAGAGACUGCAAAAGCGCAGGACGCAGGAAACCUUCCCCCUCCCCACACUCUGUGAGCCGGGGAGAGGUUGGAGACUCCCAGAGAGACUCAGGAACUAAGUUGAGGGGGAUGAGGCAAGCCACUUAUGAUAAACCCCUAAGGGAACAGGAAUUGUCUGAUGCAGAGAUUGCUCGGAAACUGCAAGAGGAAGAGCUCCUGGCCAACCAGGCAGACCAGAAGGCAGCUCAAGUGGCCCAGGAUGAGGAAAUUGCCCGUCUCUUGAUGGCUGAGGAAAAAAAGGCUUUCAAGAAAGGGAAGGAGAGAGAAAAGUCUUCCUUUGAAAAGAAGAGGCAUGAUCAAGACUGGAAGCAUGAUGCAAGCGAGUCCCCGCGCUCAAGGUCAAAAGAAGGGCCUGAAACCCAGCGACACAAAGGUGACAGGUCUUUAAGGUCACAGCCUCUCCUCGAUGACUUUGAACAUGCUCGGUAUUACACAAGCCAGUCCAGCCCCUUACGUCAGUUUUCCAAACCUGAGCACUCUCCUAAAGGUUCCCGCAGGAAGCAGUAAACUGUGCUAACCUUUGCUUUGGUACUGACUCUUCUGUAGCAAACAUUACUGGAAUUGCCAGGCAACUUUCUCAAUUCCUUACCCUAUGGGGGGUCCACCUUCCACUCCCAGGAUCUCCUUUUUAAGUGUCAUCGUAUUAAUAAGGAACACUUGUUCGUUUCAAUUUCCUACUCAUAUGUGAUCACUUAAGCAGUGCAGUACAAUCUAGCCGCCACUGAGCUGUGCGAAUCAACUAGCUGAUUUAACAGCUCCCUCUUAUAUUCCUUUGAGGCUUUCAUUUAUUUUUAAACUUUGGCUGGAGUUUUGACAAAUAGGACGAAUAGAGAUGCACAUACAAAAGGGAGAAAAAUCCAACAUAUGAGCUGGGUUAUGGCAACGCAGCAGAACAUCUCAAGUCCAAGUUCUUUCCAUAUUAGGAUGACUGAGCAAAGAGUUGUUAAAGGGAAUGUGUGUUUCUUCUGCUGCUGGAUAAGAGAGCUGAGCCAAUCUGACAGUCAUGGUAGCUUGCAGGAAGGAGAGUGUGUCCUCACAGUGUAUGCCAUCCAAAGCUAGAACCUGGGACUAGUGAGGAAGAAAUUGCCUCUAGAACAAAACUUAACUGCUGUGUUUCUUCUUAGGGUUUCCAGCAAUUUGGUUAGGGCACGUAACCAUGCAUUUAGCUCCAGGAUAUAGGAUAGGACAGUUAAGAGGAAGAACUAUUUCAACUGAAAUUAGAUCUUAUGUGCAUGGCUUUUAAGGCAUGCCAGGGAGUUGAUGCAGCUGGGAGUUGUGGAUUGGGAAUAAUCACGCAAACAUAUUUCAGUGCCCGAGGUGAUCUCUGUGGUCACCUGCUUUGAGCUUCCAGGUGGUACAAGCUAAGGAAUUUCGCUGAAGCCAAGUAGGAGCUACUGUAACUCCUAGCUCAGUUGCUGAUGCACUUGAGCACAGUAACUUUUGUCAGAACAUGAGUAUAUCCUAUAAACAUAGGAUUGAGGGAGGGCCAUAUGGGCAUAGAGCACCGAAUCAAAAAGCUACAGUUAAAAGCAACUUUGAGGUAGACACAGAGUGCCAAAUAGUCUGCAAAAUGUCUCUGCUAACUGCUUCCUCUCUGCACUGUUCUGUCCAGCACCCCAGGCAGGCUCCAGUCAGGUUAAAACUAUUGCUCUCCAGGGUACAGCAGAGUAUCCAAGUUUAAGUUCUCUGUACAGAUCUGCCCAUCCACUGUUUUUUUCUUUAUUUUUCCCCUUUUGAUGGCUUGUUUUUCCUCCACUCUUUGAAAAUCAUUCUGCUCUUGCAGUAACAAGUAGCCUUUUUCCCUUUGCCUUCUGUCAUUCCAAUUCUUUUGUCUUGUUAACCUUUUUUUUUUCCAUUUUUUUUCAAGUGCAUUUUUAAACUGCAAGGCUGCGUAGCUGGACACUGGCUUGGAGUCUGCUCAGCCAGUACAGGUUAGUUACUCACUUGGCAGUCUCACUCAUGGCAGCAGAGCCUCCUGCGGUGCUCUUGGUGCCCCUGCAGCCCUGCUCCUUAACAGCCCGGCACAGAGACUGUCCUGCCGUGCUCUUCUGCUGCUGGCAGCUGCAGUCCUGCUGCUGGCUUUGCUGAGGAGGGCAGGCAGAGCUGUGAUUGUGCUCGCCCUUGCCACCGAUCUGUGCAGCUGCCUGCGAAAGGAGCCUGACAGCUCUGUGGAGCUUUGUGGAGAGUGAAUGCUGGCGUGGAGCACCGAUAGGAAGUCGGAAGAGAUCAUGGCUCUCUGCUCUUACACUAAUGCACAAUUCAAGCCCAAAGGCAGCUGAAAGGCUUUAACCUUGGCUGUUGUCCUUGGUCAGGAUAGCUACUGACACAAAGCACUAGGAAGAGGAGGCAACUCAUUUUUCACAUAAGUUGCAAGGGCAUCAUUUAAUACCACAGCACGAGCCCAUGCCUUGCCUUGCUCAACAACUCAAGCUUCCAUCUCUUACCCCCCUGGGAUGCUGGCACCAGCUCACUCCCUGUGAAGUGCCAGACAGCCCCAAUAGGCCUCUGCUCCAGGCAUGCACCAGCCAAAAAUGUUGCUACAUAGACUGGAUCAGCAGCACCCUGUUAGCUGCGUACCCUUGCUUCCAGCCCAUAGGCUUGCUUACCUGCAUGAGUCUCUAAGUGAGUCGCAAGCUCUUGCUUGUUUGCUCUUUCUUCUCAGGAAAUUUUCCAGCCAGAGGCUAGAUUUUACUGUCCUUGCCUUGUGCCCUCUUUUUGUUCCAUCUUUGUCCAUUCAGAAGUGUUAAUGUUGUUUUUAAACAAUCAGGAAAAACAACAACAUAGACCGUAUUUUUUUGUUGUUAGAUAACUUGGGUUAAUGUGGCAACCUCAUUUGCAAUGAUUUACUUUAUAAAAGUUUAUUUUUAUAUUUCAUGUAACAGUCAAAAUUUCUACUGCUGAAAAUGCCUUUUUUUGUGUGUGGGGGAAUUUUCCCCCUCCUUGCCAUUAGUGUGUGUAUAUUUUUGUGAAAUGGAUGCCUGGUGGGGUUUUUACAUACUAAUACUUUCACAAAUACCCCAGCUUGUAUCAUCAGGGGCACUUAGGAAAAUCGGAUGGAGAAAAAUCCUACCAAAUAAGAAAGCGGUUGUGCUUUGUACUCACUGUCCUUGGGAAAUUGGUGACCCUCUGCAUAAGGCAAGGGGAAACCACCAAGUAACUCAGCCCUCCCUGGGCUUCUGUAGCUGACUUGCACUGCAGUUGGCUGAUGUAACUUCUGUCUUUUAUUCAGGAAAGUCGUGAAGGCCCUGAGCCUGCUGACACAGGAAGAAACUAUAUUAAAUCAGGAGAGACGCUUAGGAGUAUCCAGGUUGUUGACUUCAGUGGGAGUGAGUGGAAAUGUUAUGAGAGAAAAUUAUGGAUGAUUUUGUUUGGAAGCUGGGUAAAGUCCAAAGAAUGCCCCAGUGCCUGCUCUGGGAAGCUGCAGGAUCUCCUUAAUGGCCUGCUCAGGCCAGCCGAGCUGUCCAGCUGUGGCACCAAGAAGAGGGAGCUGAAGGAAAGGACCCAGGAGCAUCUGCUAUUUCCUUGGGUGCUUUCAGGGACUGCUGAAUGUUCUGGGGCUGCUUUGCUCUAUGUCUUCCCUUAGUACUUAACUUUUUAGUCUUAUUCCUUGCCUUUAUUCAUUUGCUGUCCCUUGUGUUUCUUCUUCUGUUUGAUUUUUCUAUAGCCCUUGUAAGUAGGAGGGCCUCAAGGAUUUGCUAGAGGGGAGCUGGCACCUCCGUGUAUAGGGAGAAAUGCUGAGAAUGGUAGCUGAGAAAAGCAUUUAAUAAAUGGGGGAUAAACAGAGCAAUUGCUCACCUGACAUGCCUUGUGGGCCUUGUGCAGACACGGGGUUCCCAAGGCAAAAGUUGCAACUGGACUUGCGUGUUUCGUAGCCACUUCAUGGCCCCACUGAAGUCAACAAGAGGUGAGACCAGGGAUGAAAAAGGAGCCGAUUCUUAGAGCUCAGCAGCCACAGCUCUGCCAAGAGUCAGGGAGAUGCAAAACCAGCAUCACUGAAGCCGUUCUUUUACAAAGGAACAACCAGAGCAAAAUCUCCUAUCCAUGGCAGAGAAAUGUUUAACUUUUUGUGUGUGUGUCUUCAAUUACCAAGUUUCAGUAGCUCUGCCAGUGGUUUUACUCUGGAUAUAAGCACGUCAGAGCUCUUGCAGGAAUCCCUGCCCAGGUCACUCAGCUCUUGCAUCCCUUUCUUACCAUGUGCAUUAACAAAGCAACAAGCACUGCGUGGGAAGUCCAUCACCGUGAAAUCCUGGCACUCCCUGAUCUCCACAGCAGGCACAUCUCACCAGCAAGAGCUCUCGCCGCCACCUUGCCUCCGUCCAAAGCACAGUGGUCCGCAGAAGAGAGGUGAGGCGAACCUGAGUGAUCGUGCCUUACAUGCAGGGAUACUCAACGUCUUCGACAGUCUGAUCUGAGUCACCUUGCUACGAAAUACUGUCUUAAAACUUGGACUGUACAGCUUCCUGCAGUGAGAAGCGGUUGUCGUCACGGGAAUAGAUCAAACAGGUUAAUCUUUUUUAAAAGAACUUCAUGGUUUUGAACUUAAUGGGGGUGGGAAAAUAUCAGCUGUUAGGGGAUAGAUUAAAUCUCAUCAUUGAAUUUCCUCCUCGUGGGGAGGAAGGGUAGAAGUUGCAAAUGCUGCAGUCUGCUUCACUCUGUAAAAGGGAUCUUGUAUGUACAGUAUUUUUAUAUCUCUGCAUUCCCACCUGUCAUGAUAUGAAUCAAGUUUAAUAACAAUCAUAAGAAAAAAAGAUUUUUUUUUUACAGCGCUAGACCUUUGAGUUUUUUAUUUUGUGCCAAACUACAGCCACUGUUACAUUAGAGGGUAUUCAUUUGUUCAGUUUAUUGAUCAAUGUGUAUAUUAUAUAUUUUUUAUUAUCAAGGUUUUUAUUUUAGUUCAUGUUAACCUGUAUGCAAACUAACUGUGGAUUGCUAAUUUAUAUAUAAGGGGAGCACUUUGGAGACAGUGUGAGGAUUCCCCUACCUAGUUUACACUCCUGCAAUAUAGUGCAGCCAGUCCAUAAAACUCAUAUUCUCUGCAAGAAGUAAUUCUGGGCAUCUGCCAGCCGGAUCAGACUGCUCCUGCUAUUCCUCAUGGCAGCACUGAUGCUGCAAGGCUGUGUUCAGGUGCAGUAGGAAACAAAGCGCAGCUCAGAGCAGGGACUGACAGAUGACCAAGUUCUCUGCUGUUCUGUUGGUGGCGGUGAUGCCCCGGGAGGCAGCUGCUGUAGCAGGAGUUCCCAUCUGGGGAUGACUUUGAGGUUGCCCUAUAUCCGUUCCCAGCAGAGGGACUGUUCUGGUUCUGCCCCGCUCUCUCUCAAUGCUUAGUUUUGCAGUUGCUCUGGGAGGUGAGUGUGGGAUACAGCACUGAGGCACAGCAGUGCCCCUCGCAUAACACACCACAAGCUGCUUGUCUCUUCUCGUGAAGGACAGGCAUAAACCUACAGAGACACCAGUUACCUAUACUCUCAAAUGUGCCAUAACACACUUCUGGCAGUGCAGGGCUGUCGUGGAGGGUUGAGCUGUGCUGCACACAUGCCACUUGGACUGCCAUGCCUCAGACAGGCUGCACUACAUACAUCUUGUGUUGAGAAGCUGCACUGCCCUCAGCCCCUGGGCUGCAAAUAGCUGCUGCUGCCUCUUCUUGGGUAGCGCAGGGCAAGGCUUAAUCUGUGCAGUUAAUGCUCUUCACAGGAGAGUCCCGGAGGGGACAACGGCACACACAAACGAAUUAUUUCCUAUUUCAUGGCAAACACGUUUCACUGUAUCAGUGUUCACUCUAAACAGACUCCACAGUGUGUCUCCAGCUGCAUCUGCAUACUGCAAUAUAGCUAACUGCCUCAGAGAAAGACCGCGGUUGUCUAGUUUAGCUCUUCAGGGUAAGCUUUCAGCCUGUUGAAUCUAAAUGUUAGCCAUACAAUGAGAUGGAUUAGUUGAUUGGUUUAAAUUCCUCAGAGCUGCAAGUGUAUCCUGUGUUGCAACAGCUAAUUCUUAAAUAUAUGUCAUGCACUGACAAUAAUCUGUCUAUGCAAGCCUAUUCUUUCUUAUUUUUGACUGUUCACUCUAAUUUAACCAGGUUUGGCAUAGAACUUCUGAAUGACAUUUAACCAAAGUAUCGUGUCCGUGUGUGUAUAGCAUGUUUUGCUUCAUACUCCUGAAUUCAUUGAAUGUAAAGGGAACAUUGCCUUGCCCCAUUUUGUUCAAUAAACCAUUGCAUUUUGUUAUUGACUGCAUCCUUCUGUCCCUCCGUGUGCUUUUCUGGGAACACUGAAUUGGGUUCUUUUCCCUGCUGCAAGUUGGAGACUUGUUCAGUGUGUCCUUCUGCUGGAUGUGCCCUCCCGUGGGUUAUGCAAGAGAAGGGGAAGGCAGUGCUUCAUUCCACCCUUAGGUCCUGGAGCUUAGCUGGUUCUACCAAUAAUUGUGUUCUUCCAAUUUAAUAGAUGUAGCAAAACAACGAUUUGUAUUUAAUUUGAUUAUGUUGUGGCCAGAGAGAUGGAAAAAGGCUGUGUAAUGUCUUGGAAAGGAUCUGGACUGUUUCAUUUCCUGAGACUGUGAUACUGAAUAAUAAAGCUGUGUAAUUAUUUGCAAAAGUAAAA